CCAUGAGACUUUCAUGCAAACAGAGGAAGCCAAAGUAGUUGCUGCUACAGUUGAGAAGAAGAACAACUAUGGAGUUUGUCUUGGCUUUCCUCACACUUUCUUCACUUCUCUUGUUUAGUGGUUCAGUUGAUGCAAGAAAAAACCCAGGAGAAUAUUGGAAUGAUGUGAUGAAGGAUCAACAGAUGCCAGAAGCAAUUCGAGGGCUUCUCCCUUCAAAUUCUGGAUUUGAUACACCCUUGGAGAAACAGAAUAAGGAGCAGAAAUUUAACCUAGAUGUAAGUCUACAGAGCACUGCAAUCAUCUAUCAUGAGCAUAAAGAAGUAGAAAAGGCAGCUAUGAAGGAUUUUAAGACGAACAGUACUGAUUCAAGCAUCAAUGUUAGGACAGAAGAGAAGAAAUCUGUUGUUAAGGACAUUAAGCAUAGAAAAUAA